AUGAGGCGCAGUGGAACCACCCUCCCCUUCCUUCUGAAUGAGCAGGUUCGGGAACCCCCGGAUUCCUCCUCAGCACCUGUGAGCCCACAGGGCACUGGGAUUGUCCGAAGACGCUUCUCUGGAACUCCGCUGCUGCCACCCCUGUCCAGCCGUCUGGCCACCCCAGGAGCAGACUCCGAGCCUGGAGCCCGCGUGGUCUUCACCAUCGAGGCCCGAGGGGCCGAGCAGAGCCACGGACCGGCCUCGGGCAGCCUGGACCUGGAAAAUGGACUCGCAGGUGGGAGAAGCGCCCUGGAGCCCCAGGCCGGGCCCGGUUUGGGCCGCGGGGCUCCCUCUCAGCACGGCCAGAGGCGGGAAUCCUUCCUCUACCGCUCCGACAGCGACUACGAGCUCUCGCCCAAGGCCAUGUCUCGGAACUCCUCGGUGGCCAGCGACCUACACGGAGAAGACCUGAUUGUGACGCCCUUUGCCCAGGUCCUGGCCAGCCUGCGCGCUGUGCGGAGCAACGUGGCCUCCCUGGCCCACCUGCCCGGCAGAGGGCCAGGCAGGCAGGCGUCUUCUGGGAACCCUUGGACCACAGGUCAGCCUCCUGCACCCUCAGAGGACUCUGGCCACAUGCUGGUGUCUGAGACGCUGGAGGAACUGGACUGGUGCCUGGACCAGCUGGACACUCUGCACACUCGGCACUCGGCCGGGGACAUGGCCUCCAGCAAGUUCAAGCGCAUCCUGAGCCGAGAGUUGACGCACCUGUCGGAGACCAGCCGCUCCGGGAACCAGGUGUCCGAGUACAUAUCCAGGACCUUCCUGGACCAGCAGACUGAGAUGGACCUACCCACGUUGGCCCCCGUGGGGACCCACACCCCCAUGUCCCAGAUCAGUGGCCUACGUGGACCCCCACACCUGGCUGGCCCCUCUGCAGCCACUGUCCCACCUCUUGGGGUUCAGACGGAUCAGGAAGAGCAGUUGGCAAAGGUGCUGGAAGGUGCCCACCGAUGGGGACUUGAUGUGUUCAGGGUGGCAGAGCUGAGCGGGGGGCGGCCCCUCACCGCCGUCGUGUUCAGCAUCUUUCAGGAACGGGACCUGCUGAGAACGUUCCAGAUCCCCGCGGACACGCUCGUGACCUACUUGCUGACCCUGGAGAGUCACUACCACGGGGACGUGGCGUAUCACAACAGCACACACGCGGCCGACGUGGCUCAGUCCACACAUGUACUGCUGGCGACGCCCGCCCUGGAGGCCGUGUUCACAGACCUGGAGAUCCUCGCUGCCAUCUUCGCCAGCGCCAUCCACGACGUGGACCACCCCGGGGUCUCCAAUCAGUUUCUCAUCAACACCAACUCGGAGCUGGCGCUCAUGUACAACGACUCCUCGGUGCUGGAGAACCACCACCUAGCUGUGGGCUUCAAGCUGCUGCAGGGCGACAACUGCGACAUCUUCCAGAGCCUGAGCGCCAAGCAGAGGCGCAGCCUGCGCAAGAUGGUCAUCGACAUGGUGCUGGCGACCGACAUGUCCAAGCACAUGAACCUCCUGGCCGACCUCAAGACCAUGGUGGAGACCAAGAAGGUGACGAGCCUGGGCGUGCUCAUGCUGGACCACUACUCGGACCGCAUCCAGGUCCUGCAGAGCCUGGUGCACUGCGCCGACCUGAGCAACCCCACGAAGCCGCUGCAGCUGUACCGCCAGUGGACCGAGCGGGUCAUGGCCGAGUUCUUCCAGCAGGGCGACCGCGAGCGGGCCGCGGGGCUGGAGCUCAGCCCCAUGUGCGACAAGCUUAGUGCCUCCGUGGAGAAGUCCCAGGUGGGCUUUAUUGACUACAUCGCUCACCCGCUAUGGGAGACGUGGGCUGAUCUGGUGCAUCCAGAUGCCCAGGACCUACUGGACACGCUGGAGGACAACCGGGAGUGGUACCAGAGCAAGAUCCCCCGCAGCCCUGUGGAGCCCACCAGCCCCGAGCGUGGGGGCCCCGAAAGGUUCCAGUUCGAGCUGACUCUGAAGGAGGAGGAGGAAGAAGACGAGGAGGAGGAGGAGGAGGAAGCAUUGGACCAGGAGGAGGCUCUGCAGAAGGGACAGGUCCCGCAAAAACAGGCAGCAGUUUCUAUGCUCGGAGGUUCCACCUACCGCUGGCUCAACCGCGAUGUCAGCCCCUCUGCUCCUUUGGCGAGCCGCCACUGGUCAGAAGGAGAGCGAGCGCGCCUGCUGAUUGGCUGCGCCUCCCGUCACUCAGGGCGCUUUAAACCCUUUAAACCGGGGCAAGCAGCCCCGCCUGACACGGCCCAGGGGCGGGACACGGCCCCGCCCACCGUGGCGUCACGGCUAUAUCUGCAUGACAGGACCCCGCCCAGCGGGCACCGCCGCCGUUUUCUAUUGGAUGCGCUGCACGUCUAUCAGCAAGACCUCUCUGUCCUAUAG